CGUUCAGUGCAACGCGGACAUUGGCCCCUUUAACAGCCAAACAACCAGAAAAACGCAAGACCGGAAAACAAGAUUCAGUGUUUCGUGUGAAAGCGGACAACGUGAUCAAGUAGCGGUGUAAACCUCAAUAAGAAAAAAAUAGCAAAAAAAAAGUGAAAUAAUUUUUGGUGCAAGCAAAGGAAAACGCAUUCGUAUUGAAUAACACCUAGAUUUUUAUUUUUGGAAAGUGUGAAAGAUUUUCGCCAAAAAAAAGAUUGGAGGUGUGUGUGUGUGCGGAAUUUCUAAUGAAAUAGCCUAAAUUUCUGUUUUGAAAUUAUACCAGUAAUUCAAAAAUUUUGUUUUGUAAGAUAUUUUUGAUUUUUCUUUGAAAAAGUAUUCAAAUUGUGCAUUCAUUCAUUUGAUGUGGGCCAUUUUCGUAGAUGUCUGGAAAAUGUUAACCUGAAUUAAUGAAAAAAAGUUUCACUUGAAUCCAUAACGUAAACGUAUUAACAACAGCAACAACCGGUAAUUAUCACACGGUAAAUUGUUCAGUGGAAUUUUAAAGUGAUUUCCAAAGAAAUUUUGAAAUUUAAAAGAAAAAUUUUGAAAAUUUCAAUUUAAAGAAAUUUUGAAAGAAAAUAAAGAAAAUCAUUUACAAUUUCAUAUUCAAUUGUUUUGUGCAUAUCAAACGAAAAAAAAUUCAAUAUUUCGCUCUCCAAACCGUCAAAUGAAUUGAUUUCUUAUUCAACGUUUCAUCGGUGAGUGUUUGUGGCAAAUAUUUGCCUGCUUCAAUCAGCCAACAAUAACAACAACAAAAAGGUGAAAACAAAUUUGGGGGUGUGUCAACAGCUGAAGACUAUCCUGGGACUUCCUGCCAAACCAUUGUAGCUGCUGUCUUCUGUCAUUUGCUGUUCCCCAUUCAUUUGGAUUACUCGGAUUCGCACACAUUUCGAUUCUCAGAUUUCAUUGCGUGCAUGUCUUACGAAUUAGCACAACUGUUGUUGCAAAUGUUAUAAGGCAAACUUUUGUUUUGUGGCAUCUCAUAAAUAACUCAGAACAAAUUUUCGCAAAAAAAAAAAAAAGAAAAACAAAAUAUCACAAAACUUAAAAGAAGCUCACACAAAGCAUCAACAAAUAUUCAAAGAUUUUAAAGUGUAAUUUGCGCAAAAAAAUAUUUAAAAUUAUUGUCGGCGCUGUCAAGCAAAAAGCAAACAUAAAACGCCAAACAACAUGGCCGAUGAUAUCGCAUCGAUGCGCAUGAUGCAGAAGAAGACCCGCAGUGCUUCCAUAUGUGCCACCGGUGGUGGCAGUCUCGAAAAUGCCAUCUACAACAUGCCCUCGGGCAACAAUACACCGGAGAAUUCGGGUACGCCCAGUUAUCGGAGACGUCGUCCCGCCACCCGAUCACAGAGUGCGCGGAUAACAGCAACGGCCGGAAGAUCGGUACGACGACGUCCACAAGUCCAACAACAAAUGCAGCAUAAUUUACAAGAGACCCGUUCAUACUGCACCAGUGAGCCACGUCUGAGUGAAACGGAAACACCGCCACAAAGACGAAAACUAUCACAGAGAAGGCCACAGCAGCACCCGCAGCGAAAAUCCAAUGCAUUUCUCGAUGUACCCACCAUGAACAUGCAUCAUCUGAGAGUUUCCGAUGAUGAGGAUCUGGAUAGAUUACGGACGUUUAGCGCUUCAAAAGGAGGCAUCAUCAAUCGUGGUGACUCCUUUCGUCGACGCCGUUCACGCAGCAAUAGUUUGGCGCCCGUCAGUCCCAUCCAUCCACGCAUCGGAGCUUUGGCCGGCUGUACAGACAUGGAUAUGCAGGAGGGUGUCAAUUCACAUCCACCCGUGGAUGUCUAUCAUGUCGAGAUGUUGGGAGCGGCGGGCUCCGGCAAACAGUCAUUAGUUUCACAAUUUCGCACUUCAGACUGUAUUAAUGCAUACGAUGGACCAGAAUGUGACGAAAAUGAACAAAAUAUUUCAAUUAUUUUAAAUAACAUUGAAUCGGAAUUGAAAUUUAGAAUAAAUCAACGUGAAGCAAAGGACGAAUUGGAAAAAGCUGAUGCCUUCUUGGUUGUAUACUCCUGUGUGGACAAAGAGUCAUUUACACGCGCCAAAAACAUCCUUGCCCAUCUGCAAGAUAUGGAUUUAAUUAGGACCCGACCAAUUAUUUUGGUGGCAAAUAAAAUUGAUUUGGCGCGGUCACGUGCGGUAUCUGCCCAAGAUGGUAAAUGUGUGGCCUGUACCUAUGGAGCGAAAUUCAUUGAAGUGUCGGUGGGCAUUAAUCACAACUGUGAUGAACUGCUGGCGGGUACUCUGACUCAAAUACGUUUGAAAAAGGAACAGAAUCGUAUACAGCCAAAAUCGAAAAAGUCCAAAAAUAAGUCAAAAGAUAAACACAAUGCGAAUUGUGACAAUAGAAAUCAUGAAAAUGAACAAGGCGAAAAAUCGUUGAAUGAUAAAAAUUCUGAAGUAAUGGGUAAUCGUGACACAUCCCCUUCACCGGCCCAUUGGUAUAAGAGUCGCAGUGUGAUGAUGGCCAGCAUGAAAGCGCGUCAGAUGUUAACAUGGUUGUUGGGCAAAGAAGAUUCCAAAUUUAAAAAUUGUGAAAAUCUGCAAGUUUUGUAAAUAAAAAAACGACAACACACAACCAGAGACGGAACCAAAAAGCCCCCACAAUAAACAAUAAUAAAUGUAUAAUAAAAAAUAUGGAAGUAUGAAUACAGGAACCAAAUUGGGAAAAGGAACAAACAAUUAUAAGGACCGAAGGCCUUUUUUUAGAAGAGAACAAAGUUAAUUUUUUUUAUAACAUAAGGUUUCCAUAUGUAGUCCCCAAAAUAAUAAAUUAUUUUUUGUAAAAUAGUUUUUGCAAAAUACUUUGUUUAAUCAAAUGUAUAAGAAAUAUUAUUUAUAAAAUUAAAUCUUAUAAAGUUGUAUAAAUAAAGAACAUUAAGCCUGAUUAUCAAAAAUUAAAUCAAAUUUAAUUUAAAACCAAACAAACAAAAAAUUUCAAAAGCCAAUAAAAAAAAAAACAA